UGCUGACGGCUACGCUGCUGAACUGCUGCCGCAGCGCCCAUGGAAGCAACAAGGAGCCGAACAUGGUUCCAGGUCGAAGCGUGAUCGUGCACCUGUUCGAGUGGAGAUUCGACGACAUUGCCGAAGAGUGCGAAAGGUUCCUUGGCCCGCGUGGCUAUGGCGCUGUUCAGACAUCGCCAGUGAAUGAACAUGGCAUCGUCUUAGGGGAGACAGUGAAACGGCCAUGGUUCGAGCGGUACCAGUCGGUGAGUUACAAAAUUGGCAACCGGAGCGGCAACGAGACGCAGUUUCGUGACAUGGUUCGCCGCUGCGACGGGGCCGGCGUCAGAGUGUACGUGGACGUCGUAAUCAAUCACAUGACUGGCACCCUGCAGAUAAAGAAGGGCACAGCAGGGAGCGCUUUCAGUUACGAUGAAUUCAGCUACCCGGCCGUGCCGUACGGCGCAGAUGACUUUAACAGGAAAGAACAUUGUGGGAGCGAAUCAGGCGCCAUCGAAAACUACGGAGACGCGCAGCAGGUGCGCAACUGCGAACUCGUCUGGCUCCGUGACUUGAACCAGGGUAGAGAGCACGUUCGAGCCAAGGUUGCUGAGUUCUUGAAUCGACUCAUCGGGUUUGGCGUGGCUGGAUUCCGCGUCGACGCCGCCAAACACAUGUGGCCUGCUGACCUCCAAGCCAUCUAUGCUAGGCUUAAUGACCUCAAUACACAGUUCUUUGCCCCGGGAACCAAGCCCUUCAUCUACCAGGAGGUGGUCGACUUGGGUCAAGGCGAACCAGUCACCAGUUGGCAGUAUCACCGCCUGGGCAGAGUGACCGAGUUCCGUUACGGCAUUAAGCUCGGAGCCGUGCUUAGGAAACGGCCGCAUCAGCUGCUGAAGUACCUUAGAAACUUUGGCGAGGACUGGGGCUUCCUUCCGAGUGGAGACGCGUUGACUUUCGUAGACAAUCAUGACAGCCAGAGGGGCCACGGAGCUGGCGGCGCGGACAUCCUGACGUUCUUCGAGCCCCGCCUUUACAAGAUGGCCAACGUUUUCCUACUAGCGUGGCCGUAUGGAUUGCCUCGCGUUAUGAGCAGCUACCGCUGGCCCCGGGAUUUCCGGGAUGGCGAGGACCGAAACGCCUGGUUCGGACCGCCGUCGGAUGCCGCGUGGAACAUCGAACCCGUCAUUCGGCACAGCGAUGACACCUGCGGAGGCGGAUGGAUAUGCGAGCACAGAUGGAGACAGAUCUACAACCUUGUCAAGCUGCACAAUGUGGCGGGGUUCUCGCCUGUCACCAACUGGUGGGACAACGGUUACCAUGCAAUCGCAUUCGGCCGUGGAAACGCGACGUUCGUCGUCAUCAACAACGAGGACUUCCGUCUUGACGUGAUUCUUCAGACUUCUUUACCACCGGGAACAUACUGCGACGUCAUCUCUGGCGUGAAGACUUCAGUCGCUUGUACUGGAAGGUCAUUCGUCGUGAAGCCUGAUGGGAAAGUUGAUGUUACCGUGGACAACUUAUGGGAGGAUCCUGUGAUCGCGCUACAUAUUGAGGUGAGACUAUCUGAGCUGAGAUCUGAGGUGAAGGAGAUGCUGUCGAGUGUUGCAGAUAGUGUUAAACAGGUCAACAAUGGCCUGGCGCAGCUGAAUACGCGUCUCACAGAGUCGCUCGGCUCGACUGAUGGGAGGUUCAAGGAGCUGCAAUCCAGAUCUCAGUCGGCUGGUUCCUCGACAGGAAAGUCUCAGGUGAGGGAGGACGUAGAGGAGGCUACGAAGAUCACUACAGAUUUGGAGGCGGAUGGUGUUGAUAGCAGGCUGGCCCCUCUGAUUGAAGCCAAGUGGUCUACGCUGGCUAGGUGGAAGGGGCUGCGGCUUAAUCGCAAGCUGCGUAAAAAGAUUUCCGAGCUGAAUAAGCUGAAUGAAAAGCGCUGUAAGCUUUUGUCUAGGCAACAGUGUGAUGAAGUAUGCAACUCAGUGGAUGAGCAGGUGCGCAACAGGAGGUCGUGGGGCUUGCUUAAGCAUUUGCUGAACGACUCCAUUACGAGGGUUAGUCAGGAGCACGUCCUUGCUAGAGCUGUACACGAAGCAGUGGGGUGUGCCUCGGAGGAAGCCAACAAGCUGGUCAACAAGCUGGCCAACAAAUACCUUCCUGUUGCGGACCCGGAUGCUCUUCUGGCGGAGCAGGCCUACACGGGAGAGGACAGGUUUUCCCUAGAUGAAGACUUUUCUGUGGAAGAGAAACCAUCGGAGAAGGAGAAGCUACACACGCAGAUUAGGAACAUCACGAAGAAAGUAUUGGGAGUGCCAUUGUGCACCAGCACCGACCGACUUCUCCAGCUGGGAAUUCAUAAUACCUUCGAUAAGAUAGCUGAUGCUCAGGAGAGGACGCAGAUGCACCUUCGGACUGAAUUUGUGGAGUUCUUUGACAUCGUCAAGAUUGUGGAGAAAGGUGCCGUUUUACUAGGAGUCGAGCCCAUCGCUUCCUCGAAGGCGCUGGACACCCACUAUUUGGAGCGGUUGGGUUUACGAGAGGGCCUCUUCUCAAGGAAUGAGGCGCUUGAGGCCACCAGUCCGGAGGCCGAUGGCCCCUUUUUCUGGGAUGGCGGAGCAGUACCAGCCGCAGCCGUGUAG